AUGAUGAACGAUAGCGAAAUUUUAGAUCUUGAAAGAAUUCAAAACAAAAUAUUAAAUAAAAAGGAAGAAUACGACUAUUCCUUUAUAAUAAAUAUAGUUUUAUUAAUCAUCCAUGUAUUUUUGUACAUAAAAUUAAUUAGUAUAUACUACACUUAUAGUAAUGAUGAAUUUAUAAACUGCUUUAAUCAAACAUUAUCUUAUACCUUACAAAAUAAAUAUGUCUCUUUUAGCGAUAUAGGAAUAAUCCAAAAUAAUUUAUCAAAAAUAAAUAGCAUGUGCAAUUAUGAAAAAAUAAAUUAUUCCAGAUUUCAGAAGAAAAGUCCGCUUAAAUAUUCCUUACAAUUUUAUAAUAAAAAUGCUAACACGUAUAUAGAUUAUAUAAUUUCAUUUAAUCAUUUAUUUAAUUCGGCAAUUUUUAAAGAACAAACAAGUAUAAGCGUUACGCAUUAUUACUACUGGACUGAAUGGUUACUAUAUAUUUUAUUCAACCUCUUCACAUUUACAGUAAUAUAUAGGGACUGGGAGAAAAAAAAGACAAAAAAAAAUAUAUUUCAGAUAAGCAUAGUUGCACUUAUCAAUUUAAACAUCCUCUACCAGCAGUUUAUAGACUCAAUAGAAUAUAAUUCCUUCCAUGAAAAGACCCUUGAACUGUUAAUAUACUUGUAUUAUCUUUUUCUAAUCCUAAAUGUACUUAAAGCGUCUUCAAAACUUUGUACAUUGUUUAUUAUUCCAAUAAAAAUAAUAAAGCAAACAAUCCAAUACAACUGUGUACUUUUAGCAUUUCUUCUUAGUUUUUUACUUUUCAUAAUUAUUAACUACUUUUCAAAUGAUGAAAAUUUUAACAGCUACUUUAAUUCAGUAUACACCUUUUCAGACUCUUCGAAAUAUAAAAAUGAAUUCAUUUACAAUUUCCUUUUUGUAUUAAUUUUUAACUUCUUCUUUAUACCGAUGAUUAUUAUCGUAUCCACAGCUACAAUAUUUUUAGUUAUAUAUAGUUACAGUGACCUUUUUAAUUUUAAACCGCUAAAUAACCCCCUGUGGGCCAAACCAAAGAAGUAUUUCUUUCUCUUGAGGGAGGAUAAAAAAAUUGCAUCAAUAGAAUUAGGAGAAGAAAAGAAUGACAAAAAGGAUGGCAACUAUGGCGAUGUAGGGAAUAAUGAUAAUGAGGAAAAUUACGAAAAUGUGGAUAAUUACGAUAAUUUAGAGCAUUACGAAGACGUGGAAAAAAGUAUAAGAAUAGACAUUCUAAAAAUUUCAAAUAUGUUCAUUUUUUCCCUAUUUUUGAUUGUAUUCGUUCUGAAGAUAUUCUUUGAUCGAAAUUCAUUCUCUCAUAUUAAUGCAAAUUAUGCAAAGUUAUUAAAAGAACCCUUCAUAACUGAAACGAAUGAGGAAAAAUCUUUUGACAAUUUUACACAUUCUUCCGAAUAUUUGGAAUAUUUAAAUUCAAUUGUAAUAAAUAACAUAAUGAGGAAUAAGAAGAAUUUAAAAAAUAAAAAAUUGUUUGAGCUUGAAUCUGAUUUCAGGGAAAACAAUAUAUUUGUAUAUGAGAAUUUUUUUCAUAUUUUUCCUUAUGACUUAUAUGUAAAAUUAAGCGAAGGGGGAAAAGUGUUAGAAGAAGUAACAGUGGAUAACCCUUUGCUAUCGGACGAACCUGACACAAAAAAAGGAGAAUUAAAUCAGUAUAAGGACUUGUUUGACGACAAAAAUGGAGUUGUAAAAUACUGCAAUGCUUAUUCUGUACUUUACAACUUUGAACACAACUUGUUUGUGUUAAUAAACGUGUCAUAUAGCAUUCAAAAUAAUGAACAGUUCAGAAAAAAAAAAGAAAUAUUUGUGCAGGAAAUUAACGAAUUUAAUAAUACGAAUUACAGGAGUAAAUUAAUAAUUUUGAUACUCCUUUUAAUUAUAACUUUAAGUUACAGUUUCUCAAUAAUGCACUUGUUAUAUUAUGUUAGAAAUAAAUUUUUACUUUGUUUUUAUGUGUGUUUUUUCAUAAUUUGUAUUCUCUUCUUUAUCUUUAAUUUUAUGACAUUACAAUCAGUUAGUAAUUCUAAUGAUUAUGUGGAUCAUAUAAAAAAUAGAAAUAUAUCUGAUACGUUUAGCGUGAACAAGUUAGACAAAUUUAAAUCCUUAAUUAAUAACCUGUUAAGGAUAAAAGUGUGCAAGUUUUAUGGAAAUUUAUUUUCAUAUAUUAUUCUUGUUGUAGUCAUAUUGAAAAUUUAUAUCUUUUUUUUUAUAAAUUAUUUUACUGUAUUUGUUAAGUACAAGUAUUACUUCUUCUUUAUCACGGCAUCCAUCUUUUUCUUCGUUUUGUUGAUGUCCCUGCUGAGCUCAGGUGCAUUUUUCUGUUUCAGCAAAAAUUUCUUAACUUGGGUUAUGCUGUAUUAUCACAUUCAGACUAGCGAAACAUUUUCAGCAUAUGAAGUUUUUAACAAAUUUCUUUUUUUCUUUUUCUUGUUUUAUAUCACAUCAAUAUAUUUAUUUAUUUUUCUAAAAGAGAGUGAACAAAAUGUAAAAAUUAAACUAAAUAAAAAUAACGAGUAUAUUUUACCUUUUGACGAUAUGAUUAUUAAUGAUCAAGAUAUUUUUCUUUAUUAUAAAGCAGUGCUAUAUAGUUUAGACAAAACAUUUGAAAAGGUCAGGAUUUUAAAAGAAAAAUAUGAAAUAUGUCAAAUUAUAAAUCAACAAGUUCAGUGGUACAACCAUUAUUGCUACCAACAAUUUAUGCAAAAUAAUUUCCUGCACAGUCAGCCCAAUUUGGUAAAUUUUUACGACUAUAGUAUGAACGGCGCACAUGGGAUUAGCGAUGAGCUGUAUAACAACCAGCUUCCGAACAGGUCAGUGAAAAAAUUGGAGAUGAGGAGUCAGAGGAUGAACGAUAUUAAAAUGGAUGAUCAAAUGAUAAGCAACAAUGUAACAAAUGGUGAAAAGGAGGACAGGAAAGAGUCUACUGAUAAGUAUAUUCCUGAAAAUAAAAAUGGCAUGGCAAUAACUGCGGAUAAAAUGGAACAUACUGGCAUAGCUGAAAAUAGUCUAGGAAAUUAUUUACAAGAUUACAACGAACUAACAAUUGCCUUAGCUGUAGAAAACAUGAAGUUGUUUUUUACAAAAUUGCUUAAGGCAAAAUAUGAUUUCAAUUUUUUGCAUGAAAAAAGUGCAUACAGUGAGUCCAAUGUGCAAAAUGGGAAUAAUGGAAAAAUGCGACUGAUCAAUUUAAUCAAAAGGGGCAUGUACGACAAAAACUCUGUACAAAAGAAAGAAAGAAAAAAAAAAAAAAAAAGAAGUCAGUUGAAACAAAUGCUAAAUGAUUUAAACAUAGACUUGGGAUAUAUAGAAAAUAUAAAAUUAUCCUUCACGUAUAUUCUCUUUUUGAAAAUAAAAAGACAUAUACUUAUACACAAUAUAAACCAGUUAAAUAGCACUAAAAAAGACUUAAAGACUGAAUAUCAAAAUAAAAUUUUAUAUAAAAGUCAUUUGUUCAACUUGCAAAAAAAGCUAUCUGACGAUAUCAACGAAAUGGAAAAGAGUAUUCUCCUUAGGAACAAAUUGAAGAGUACCGUUAUUCAUGUUAUAAAGGACGAAACAUUUCACAAAAAGCAGGAGGAUCAAAAAGAGAAACAAGACAAUCACUCCGAGGAAGAGAUGAAGUCUGAUGGCGGUGUAUUCGGCAAACCGAUAUAA